CCGUGUCGGAUGCCGUGACGGGUAGGCCUCAGUGCAGUACGAAAGAGUGAAGACGAAGGUCAGAACAGUAGACGGCCUCAUAAUGCAACUGGUCAAAUCAAUUGCGACAGGAUUGCUGCUCGCUGGCUGCGUGCUGGCAUCAGCAGUCCCUAAGCCAGCGCCAGUGCCAGUAGCUCAGCAUCAUCCUCACAAGAUUGCGCCUAAGGUGUUCAUCGUCUCUAUGUUCAAACCUGAAGCCGCGGUCUGGUGGAAGAUCCCCGAGUUUGAUCUCCUUGCGCACAAUAUCACUGUACCUGGUGCUUCGCCCGUCUACCCUGACGUCUACUGCACCGCCGACUACAGCAUCUGCCAGCUGAUCACCGGCGAAGGCGAAAUCAACGCAGCCGUCACCGUCUCCUCCAUUGCCUUCUCCCACCUCUUCGACCUCACGCACACCUACUUCCUGAUCGCAGGCAUCGCCGGCGUCAACCCCAAGGUCGCCACCAUCAACGGCGUCACCUUCGCCCGGUACGCCGUGCAAGUUGCGCUGCAGUAUGAGAUCGACAUCCGCGAUCUCGGACCAAACUACACAUCCCCCUACAUCCCCCAGGGCGCCCACGCACCCGACCAAUACCCGCCAGCAUCUACGCUGCGCUCGCUAGCCGCCUCCUUCGCCCGCACGGCGCAGCUGGCCGACUCCGACACCGCCAAGGCCUACCGCGCCAAGUACGUCACGGAUAGUGGCACCUACGCAGCGGGCACCCAGGCCCCCUCAGUCGUGGAAUGCGACGUCUCCACAAGCGACGUCUACUUCAGCGGGACGAUCCUCGACGACGUCUUCGACAAUACCGUUAGUGUUCUGACGAACGGGACGGGCGUGUACUGCAGCACCGCGCAGGAGGACAACGCGACGCUCGAGGCGCUGCUGCGCGCUGCGUCGCACAGCCGCGUGGAUUUCUCCCGGAUUAUCGUCAUGCGCACGGCGUCUGACUUUGAGAGGCCGUAUCCUGGUCAGUCGGCGAUUGAUAAUCUGCUGUAUGCGGACCAGGGCGCGUUUGGGCCUGCGGUGCAGAAUAUCUACAACGCGGGGAUUAAGGUUGUGGAGGGCAUUCUGGACGGUUGGAAUAAGACUUUUGCGGCUGGUGUUAAGCCUAGCAAUUAUAUUGGCGAUGAGUUUGGGACACUGGGCGGGAAGCCGGAUUUUGGGCCUGGGACGACGAUUGCUCGGCAAGAGGGGAAUGCGUUAAAGAAGAGAGGAGUGGCUAAGCGUGGGAGACGGUUGUAGGCUCGUCUUCUAUGCUGAUAUAUAUCAUUUAUCGUCUAGACUUAUGUCUGCUUUGAAUAGAAACCUGAUUGGCAACUCCUUCCCGCAGCAGGGGUUAUAAUGGUAGCUGUAUAUGAAUCACAAAGAUUUCUUUGUAGCCUGUCUGAACCCGCAUACAACGGAAAAGCUUCUGUACCAUUUCUUUGAGCGCCAUUGAUCUCCCAAGCCACGCAUAGUCUCCAUGUCCUGGUACAAACAUGAGAAGGAGGAUGGUAUUUUAGAAGAGUUCAAGAAACUACUGCAAUCCUGACGAAUUCAAGCUUAUGUCCAUGAAGGAACCCCGCC